UGAUUGAAACUAGAACACGUGCUUUGAUUUCUUUUAUACCUUAGUCAAACUAAUUCCCAGAUGAAACGACUCAGUUCAUUCAAAUACCUGUUUUUAUUUGAAUAUCGCCAUCUCACGAAGGAACAUUUACAUCUUUACCCGUACAUGUGGUAGUUGGUGGUCCGAUUGCGGAGUGGUGUGGGCGCCAAACAUCUCGACUCUAGUUUUCAUGAGCAUUAUUAAGCUCUCAAUCUCAUUCGCCACAUCUUCCAACUCAACACCAACGCCCUACUUGAGUUGCUAGAUUUUCUGGUCGAUAACAACAUCGUCAAACUACAGUCAACAACCAUGGCCCCAUCACUAGAAGAGCCAGAGCCGGUCGAGGACGUCCUCGCCAACCCGUUGAAGCAGAAGCCCAAUCUGGUGGCCCCGGAGCCCGAGCAUUGCCCUGGGCCUGAAUCGCAGCAAGCUGGGCAAGCAGAUUCCUGCGCAGGCUGUCCCAACCAGGCCAUCUGUGCCUCGGCGCCCAAAGGUCCCGACCCCGAUAUUCCGCUCAUCUCAGCGCGCCUGCAGGAUGUGAAGCACAAGAUCUUGGUGCUGAGUGGCAAGGGCGGCGUUGGCAAGAGCACUUUCACAACGUUACUUGCGCAUGCUUUCGCGACGAACCCGGACAGCACAGUGGGCAUUAUGGACACGGACAUCUGCGGCCCGAGCAUUCCCAAAAUGAUGGGCGUCGAGGCGGAGACGAUUCAUGUCAGUGGCACGGGGUGGUCACCAGUCUGGGUGAUGGACAACCUUGGUGUCAUGAGCGUGCAAUUCAUGCUGCCGAAUAGGGACGAUGCCGUUAUUUGGAGGGGCCCCAAGAAGAAUGGGCUUAUCAAGCAAUUUCUGAAGGACGUGGAAUGGGGCGAGAUGGACUUUCUGCUUGUCGACACACCGCCAGGAACAAGCGAUGAGCAUCUCAGCGUCAACUCCUUCCUCAAGGAGAGCGGCAUCGAUGGAGCGGUCGUCGUCACCACCCCUCAAGAAGUCUCUCUACUUGACGUACGCAAAGAGAUUGACUUUUGCCGCAAGGCUGGCAUCAGAGUGCUAGGUCUAGCAGAGAACAUGAGCGGGUUCGUCUGCCCCAAGUGCUCGGGAGAGAGUCAGAUUUUCCGCGCAAGCACCGGUGGCGGCAAAGCGCUCGCAGAAGAGAUGGGCAUCCCGUUCCUGGGCGCCGUACCGCUGGACCCCAGGAUAGGCAUGGCCUGUGACUACGGGGAAAGCUACUUCGAUUCAUUCCCUGAUAGCCCUGCGUGUCUAGCCUUCCGCAAGGUGGUGAGGAGCUUGGCGGAGCAGAUGGGCGUGGACUCAAAGGAUGUCUUGCCGGAAUAGAGAUUCUUUCAUCGGGAGCUACAUUACCCCUCCAGCUUCUUGGGGAUAUCCUCCAGGUCUUCCGUCGACUCUACGUCAAUGACCCGUCCGACCUCGCUUGUAUUUCGCAUGAGCUCCUUCGCACC